AUGCAUAAGCUCGGCAAGAAGACUCGCUCUAGGACCGGCUGUCGCACGUGUCGAAUCCGCAAGGUCAAAUGCGACGAGGAGAAAUUGGCCGUCCCCGACCAGUCUGAACCACAAUGCAGGCGUUGCACUGCCGCCCGCAUCCUGUGCGAAUGGAAAGGUGGUCCCAUCCCCCGAACCCCUGCCUGGGGAUCUGCUUCCUCUUCCACGGUCCAGGACGUGCAGACGACAAAGCGGGUGGUUGAAUCGGACUAUGCCACACGCAAGAGCCCAGAAAGGCUCCCUCCGUCCCUUCAGAUACUCACAUUGACCUCGCCGGGGGGUACUGUCCAAGCUGCAAACUCGCUGAUGCUGUCUGGCUUUGACCGCUCGUGCAUCUCAUAUCUCCAAAAUUCCGCGCUGGUCGUGCUUCUUGGCAAGCACUGGCCGUGGUCUGCCAUGUCGUACGCGUACCACAAGAUUGCCGUCAAGGAACCCAUGGUGAUGAGCAUGCUGUUGGCGAGUACGUCCAGCGAGAUCCGUCGCUCGCAGCUUUAUGACAGUGACAACGCAGGUGCGGUCGAGGCGCUGGCGGAUUUGGGCGGUCGCACGCACUAUGGCCGGGCCCUGGCUGGUCUUCGCGGGGCAUUGAGACCGGAGGUCGAAAAAUCGUCGGACCAGCUGGAAGCCAUUUUCAUUACCCUCUGGCUGAUGAUUGACUACGAGAACCGCUUCGGGAGCGGCACCGCAGCCAUCAAUGUCCAUAUCAGAGGGAUUGAGAGUCUGCUGUUUGACCACGUCGUUCCUCUGUUGAAGCCUGCGUCUUCUACCGCAGCGAUCACUGAUGGGAGUGGAGGCGUCUUGCCGUGGGAUGCAUUGAUUGCGAAUGAAGGCAGCUCGCAGCAGACCGUGCGGGCCUCAGGUUCUUCUCCCGAGCUGACGACCAGCAAACUCCGUCACACCGCAGUACCACUCUUCCUGCUGUGGACGCUAUACUUCUUCACCCCGGGCGCUCUCUUCUCCGGGCCCGGCGCUGCCCGACUGGACGCCGACCUAUUCCGGUUCUUCAUCCAGGACGAGGCCGAACAGGCGGGCCUGACCCUGCCCGAGCUCUACCGCAUCGGCCGCCAGUCGCCCCGUCGGUUCUGGGGCGACUCCUACCCGGCCACGGCUCAGCUGGACGAUGUCGAGAAUCUGCCAGCGUUGACCCUAUACCACAAAAGCCAUGUAAUGCAGUUCAAGAUCACCGAGCUGUGGCGCCAAGGCCAGCAGGCUCUAGAACCGUCCUAUCGUCGGCUUGUCGACGAAAUCACCCUAAUUCUAGACGAGAACGAUUCCCUCAUCAACACCGCUCUAACCGCGUCAUCCUGCGACAUCUCCACCCCGAGUCGCCGUGUGAUGGAAACCGUCUUCUGGGCCACGAUCACCUUUUUCGGGACUAUUGUGUACUUCCACCUCUGUUUCAAGGAUACCCCCGCCAGCCGAUGUCACUGCACGUCGCUCCUCCCAUUGGACAAGAGCGUCAGCCAGGUAUUGGAGCUUGCACUCAAACUCCACCGCAGCCGGCCGCAUCUGAUGGUGCGCAUCAUCUGGCCGCUCUUCAUUGCGGGGAUCGCAACGCCGGAUCGCAUCUACCAAGACUGGGUGUCGAUCCGGCUGCAUGAGUUGGGCCGGUAUGGCUUGAACUAUAGUCGGGUGAGCCAGCGGUUUGAUGAGAUUAUCCAAGGGAGUGAUCCGUUUGCUACUGCUGCAGAGGGGCGAGAGAAGAUGCGGAUUGGGUCAGAGGGGUCGGGGCUAGCGGGCGAAUGA